AUAGCUUAAACCUUAAUUCUAAAAUCCAGCACAUACACAAUAAGUAAUGCUAACUAGCAGUCAUAAUACCUAAAACAAAAACAUAUCCAUAAAUUAUUGUAACGCAUACGAAAGAAGAUUCGAGUAUAUUUAAGAAAUGUCGAGCACUUCGAGCGUUUCACGCAGAUCGAACCCAAAGCCAAAGGCAAAGGGGAAGCCGGUACAGGGGAAGAACAAGCGAGUUGAUAAGACACCGAAUACAGAGUUGGUAGCGAUUCUCGAGAAGUUCAGUGUGCUGGAGCAGGUGGACAUUAGACGCAACUGUGAACUGUUGCCCAAGGUGAUUAUGUCGACGUGGCGGGAGUGUUACAAGCACUUGGAUAUGUAUGAGUUUCAGCAGCAGCUGAUUGGCGAUGCACUGCAUCAAUUUCUGUACAAGAUGCGACGUCACUUUACCAGUGCGCGUUUUAAGGGCGAACAGCUUCAGGAGCAGCUCAACAUUCUGGAUAGCAGCGGGAUUGCCGAGUUGCCAGAUGUGCGAGAAUGCGAAAUUACCUGGGACAACAACAUGAAGGACAAUUCCACCCAAUGGCCACUGCACGCGCUGCCCAAGCUGCUGGGUCGCCUGAAUCAUAUGCAGAUGUACAUGCCCGUCAAGGUGGGAUUCAUUGAGCACUUCGGCCAGCUGAAGUCCUUGUCACUGCAUGAGGAAGUGUCCAGAGAGGCACUCACUGCCAUUUGGAAUGGCUGUAAGUGCUUGAAGCGCCUCAAGUUUUUUGGCGGUGGAACUCUCAAUACAAUCGGCAUCUCGCAGUGUCUGGAGCUGCGUGAAUUGACUUUGCCAGUGGCAGCUUUUAAUGCGAGCAGCGCCUUUGAGGUGCUCCAGAUGCCACAAUUGCAGUUGCUGGAGCUACUGCCAAAGGAUGAAUCCACCGAGGCAACCACGGAUGCCAUCUCCCUGGUGCUGCGGCAACGUGCCCUUGAUAUUUACAGCUUCCAGCUGAAUAGCUGCCAAUUGGACGGUGCCAACUGGCUGCCAAAGUUGGAGCUUCAUCGCUGCAUCCAUCUAAAAAGCCUUGUGCUAAUCGAUUGUCAGUUUAAUGAACUGGAUAUGAUGAGUCUUGGAUCACUGCAUGUGCUGGAUCAGGCAACGUUCUGUCACUGCUCCGAUCUCAAGGAUUCGCAAGUACUCAACUUUGCCAAGGCUUGUCCGCAGCUCACACAGCUCCAUUUGUUCGAUUGCAAGCAACUGACGACCAAGUUGCUCUACAAUCUCUGCGAAUGGCGUUGCUGCGACAAACAGGGUGCACCUCCGCUCCAGCUCAAUCUGGGAGAUUGUCAGCCACUCAAGGAGGAGUUCAAACAACAUUUUCUGUUGCAAUCGUCGUUGGAGUUGCUCGAGACGCCACAGGAAGAGCAUCCUCAAUUGCAACACGUGCAGUUCCUUUUUCUGCGUCCUAUUUCCAAAUAAUAAAUGUUAUAGAUUUGCAGCCCCAUUAA